CCUGGCGUCCUGACUCCCUCCAUUGAGGCCUCUCAUCCUCGAGGGGACCCUUCUGUUGAAUCCCCUUCACUCCUUGAACAUCGUCAAUACCCUCCACAUUCCCGCCUACUCACCGGCUGACUUCGACUGGGUCCGGUUUGCUGGUGGACACCUCCCGAUUAAGCUUAAGCGCGAGGAUAACCCCCUCCCACCCUCGCACCAUCCCACGCGCACAACUGGUGUGCAAUACUCUCGGCAGUCGAGUCCGGGUUUUCGGUCAACUAGCGCCCAGCAACCUGCAAUCCCUGUACUUCGAAAAAAUCGACCCGCGCCCUAUUGGGGGUCUAUUGAGGAAACGUCAUCUAGCUAUUGGGCCACGGGCACAUAGUCACUAUGGGGGAAAGCACACAGCGCCAGUCCUCAGGGCUGGGUUCGGGCUGGAAGCACUCAGCCUGGGCUCUGUUGACGGCGCAGUACACGGCAUUUGCCCUGUUAUUGCAUUAUUCUAGAGUGAUGUCGCCAGCGGGCGGCAAACGGUAUCUCACGUCCACCACCGUUUUCUUCAACGAGGUGGCCAAGCUAGCCAUCUCCUUGACCAUGGCGCUGUACGAGGUGUCGAAGACAGCCCCUCCCUCCGUCCCCGCGACCUCCCUCUUCUUUUCUCUUACAACCACCAUCUUCUCGGGCGAUAGCUGGAAACUUGCGAUCCCUGCUUGCCUGUAUACAAUUGCGAACUCGUUGCAGUACAUCGCGCUGUCGAACCUACAACCAGCGGCCUUCCAAGUGUCCUAUCAGUUGAAACUGAUCGUGGUGGCUAUAUCCGGCCUGGUGCUGUUCAAGAGGUCCAUAUCGUUGCGCAAGUGGGGCUUGCUGGUGCUUCUCGUGGUGGGGGUCGCUCUGGUGCAGAUGCCCACGGGCAACCCCGAUGAGAUCACACUCCAGGACGAGGCCGCGCAUCUCGCUUUCCCGCGGUCCCUGGAAGAAUGGAAAGCUGCGAAGCUGGGACGCGAGAACCUGCACAAGCGUUCCGCAACUUAUGAGGGGAUUGAAGAGGAUAUGAUGACCGCCAACCCCAGGAUGAACGCUGCAGUCGGCCUCUUGGCGACCGUUGGCGCCUGCCUCGCCUCCGGCCUUGCGAGUGUAUAUUUUGAGAAAGUCCUCAGGGACAGCGCGAAGUCGACGUCGCUUUGGAUUCGCAAUGUGCAGUUGGCUGUGUACUCGAUCUUUCCCACGCUUUUUAUCGGCGUUGUUUUCUUAGAUGGAGAGAAGGUCGCCGCUAAUGGCUUCUUCGAGGGAUAUAACUGGGCGGUUUGGUCUACCGUUCUUGUCCAGGCGAUUGGGGGAAUUGCAACAUCCUUCUGCAUCGGCUAUGCACAUCGCGAUGCGAAGAACAUGGCCACGGCCGCCAGCAUCGUUCUCACUACGUUGGGCAGCAUCUGGCUCUUCGAACUCGAGCUUACUGCCAAUUUUCUUCUUGGGUCAUUCGCCGUACUCGUGGCAACCUGCCUUUGCGAAGAUUCGAGCUCGUUAGCUGCCCAGGCCAAACGUCCGGUUCUUCGACCGCCUCCAAUCCGCGUGGAUCGUUAUGAAAAAGAAACCAACAGCGAGAAUGCUUCCCCAGCCUCGCCUUCACCCGAUGAAAUCUCGAUCAAGCUCCCUGGCACGCCAUUCCUGUCCGAUGCCGGGCUGUCUACAUCUAGGCCUACAUCUCCUGGUCAUGUACGAGUCGGCCGCACCCCGAGCAGUGGGUAUUUUGACAAGCACCAGCAGCACCUACGAGAUCACUGAAUCCCUCGCGGGAUAAGUCAUCCAUUUGCUGCGUGAAUACCACCCUUCGCUCUGUUGUAUCAUGUCACCUGGAAGUAAAUAAGGAUGGAUAGAAGCGAUGAUGCCACUUACGUCUUUCAUCGAAUAUGUCUCAUUUUCGUGUAUUUUAUUCGUUUCCACACCUGUUGAUUUAUAUUUUGACCAGUAUUGGGUUUUGAUAUCUCUAUACCUAUUUCUUUCAAUAGCAGUUUUACAGCCAUGGAUCU